GAGAGGUGGGCGAGGACGAGGGCGAGGGCACGGCCGGGUCCUAGCCGGCUAAAGGAGGCUCGCGGAAGCAGCAGCCGCCACCCGACCGCAGCUGGAUUUUGAAGAUUGAUCCAGGGGACUGUAUUAAUUUCAGGAAUUGAUUUGAAAGACACUGGCUCUGACACUUAACAGCCAUGUAACCUUGGAUAUGGAAGAAGGCAGCAGUGUUGCCAUGUUGGUGCCAGAUAUUGGAGAACAAGAAGCUAUAUUGACUGCUGAAAGUGUGAUCAGUUCCUCACUGGAAAUUGAUGAUCAAAGAAAAGCUAAAGAAGAUCCAUUGAUCCAUGUUAUCCAGAAGUUAAGCAAGAUAGUGGAGAAUGAGAAGUCACAAAAAUGUCUCUUAAUUGGAAAAAAACGUUCUCGUUCAAGUUCCACAACUCGCUCUCUUGAAACCCAAGAUCUGUGUGAGAUUCCAGCCAAAGUAGCCCAGUCACCUGCUGCUGAUACUAGAAAAGCUGAAAUGUCACAAACAAACUUUACCCCCGAGACUCUUCCCCAAAGUGAUGGCAAGGCUAUGUCUUACCAGUGUAGCCUCUGUAAGUUCCUCUCAUCAUCUUUUUCUGUGUUGAAAGAUCAUAUCAAGCAGCAUGGUCAGCAGAAUGAGGUGAUAUUAAUGUGCUCAGAGUGCCAUAUUACAUCAAAAAGCCAAGAAGAACUUGAAGCUCACGUGGUGAAUGACCACGAAAAUGAUGUGGACGGUCACACUCAAAGCAAGGCCCAGCAGUGCGUGAGUCCCUCAGCCUCCUUAUGUCAGAGAAGCAUAGAAAGAAAGACUGAACCCAUUCCUGAUGUCCCAGUAAAGGUGGACAGUCCACAAACUCAGGCUGUCCAGAGUGCACCCGUGGCAGAAAUGGGAAGGAGGAAAUGGUAUGCAUAUGAACAGUAUGGCAUGUAUCGAUGCUUGUUUUGUAGUUACACUUGUGGCCAGCAGAGAAUGUUGAAAACUCACGCUUGGAAACAUGCAGGGGAAGUUGACUGUUCCUAUCCAAUCUUUGAAAAUGAAAACGAGCCCCUGGGUUUGCUGGAUUCUUCAGUGACCACCACACCUGGUCGGGUCGACGCAGUAGUGAUUGCUAUCGGAGACAGUGAACUGAGUAUCCACAACGGGCCGUCGGUCCAGGUGCAGAUUUGCAGCUCAGAAGCACUGUCAUCGUCAUCUCCUUUAGACCAGGGAGCAGAAGGAAGAGUACACUUAAGCCGGUCAGUGACCCUUGACCCUAAUGAGGAAGAAAUGCUAGAGGUGAUUUCUGACACAGAGGAGAGUCUGAUUGCGGAUAGCCUGCUUUCCUCAGCACAGAAAAUCAUUAGCAGCAGCCCAAACAAAAAAGGGCAUGUUAAUGUGAUCGUGGAGCGAUUACCAGGAGCAGAAGAAAGCCUUUCCCAAAAACAUUUCCUCAUGAAUUCUGACAUUGAAGAGGGGAAGAACCUGAAUCCAGUCGAAGCCCCAAACGAGUGUGAAGGCACAGAGGACGUGUACCAUGGUGAUAAAUGUACUGUUGAUAUCGGGGGCUUGGUCAUAGGCUGGGGUAAUCCAGAGAAGAAAGACGAGUUGAUAAACAAAAGCCUGGCCACUGAUGAGAAUGCCCCACCAGGCCGCAGAAGGACAAAUUCCGAGUCCCUCAGGCUACACUCCUUAGCUGCUGAAGCCCUGGUCACAAUGCCUAUACGAGCUGCAGAGCUAACCAGAGCCAACCUUGGGCACUAUGGGGAUAUAAACCUCUUAAAUCCAGAUACUGGGCAAAGGCAGGUGGACAGUACAUUGGCAGCAUAUUCAAAAAUGAUGUCACCACUUAAAAACUCUUCAGAUGGGUUGACUAGUUUUAACCAAAGCAACUCUACCUUGGUAGCACUCCCAGAAGGAAGACAGGAACUGUCCGAUGGGCAGGUUAAGACAGGUAUCAGCAUGUCCUUACUCACUGUAAUUGAAAAAUUGAGAGAGAGAACAGACCAAAAUGCUUCAGAUGAUGACAUUUUGAAAGAGUUGCAAGACAACGCCCAAUGCCAACCCAGCAGUGACACAAGUUUGUCAGGAAACAACGUGGUGGAGUAUAUCCCCAAUGCCGAACGGCCCUACCGCUGCCGCCUGUGCCACUACACGAGUGGGAACAAGGGUUACAUCAAGCAGCACUUGAGAGUCCAUCGGCAGAGACAGCCCUACCAGUGUCCCAUCUGUGAGCACAUAGCUGAUGACAGCAAAGACUUGGAGAGCCACAUGGUCAACCACUGCAAAACAAGAAUAUACCAGUGCAAGCAGUGUGAAGAGUCUUUCCAUUAUAAGAGUCAACUGAGAAAUCAUGAACGAGAACAACACAGCCUUCCAGACACCUUGUCAAUAGCAUCUUCUAAUGAGCCAAGAAUUUCCAGUGAGACAACUGAUGGAAAAUGUGUUCAGGAAGGGAAUAAAUCUGCAGUGCAGAAGCAGUACAGAUGCGACGUGUGUGAUUACACAAGCACAACAUACGUUGGUGUCAGAAACCACAGACGGAUCCAUAACUCUGAUAAGCCAUACAGAUGCUCGCUGUGUGGCUAUGUGUGCAGCCAUCCUCCUUCUCUGAAGUCUCACAUGUGGAAGCACGCUAGUGACCAGAACUACAACUACGAGCAAGUGAACAAAGCUAUCAACGACGCAAUUUCCCAAAGUGGCAGGGCUCUAGGGAAAACCCCUGGAAAGACUCCAGUUAGUGAAGAGAGAGCCGAGCCGGUCACUGGAAGCUCAGAAAGCAUGGUGUCGUCUUCAGAGCUCAUUUCCCAGGCCCCUGGUGAAGUUGUAGAUCCCAACCAGAAUGAGAAACUGAGCCCUACAAGUAAUACCUCAUAUGGUUUAGAAAAAACCUCCAGUCUGGCCCCUCCUGGUAUGGAGUAUUGUGUUUUACUCUUCUGUUGUUGUAUUUGUGGUUUUGAGUCAACCAGCAAAGAAAAUCUUUUGGAUCACAUGAAAGAGCAUGAGGGUGAGAUUGUAAACAUCAUCUUAAAUAAGGACCACAACACAACUGUGAACACGAGUUAGGGGGGCAGUCCCUCGCAGAGGAAGAAGAGAUCUCUGUAAGCUACAGCCUCACCUUUGUUGUCAGGUAGCUGACCUGCCAGGCGCAGAAAGAGUUAGUCUGGUUUUCCGAAGUGACAGGUGCGACUUUGAAACUGAAUCUGCUGUAAAAUGAAUUCCGGGAGGGGAAGCAGUGAAGGGAAGCAGAUGAAGGAAGAAGCAAAGCCGUGAACCCGUAUCAGCUCUGUCCCCCCUUAGUGUGGAGUGUAUUCAUUAUCAAAAGCUUAUGUAGUAUAGAAGUGCAAGAAGAGUUAAGAAUGGGCUUUUCAAGGAACUGUUGUAAAAUGUAUGUUAUCAAGUGUGACAGUCUUCAGCGGAGCCUCGUUGCUUCAUUCUCACAUUUCACAUGCCAGCUCUGGAAUGACAGGCCUCUGGUGAGAAAAGGGAGGCAGCUUGCACAGGGUUUCUUUCCCUGUCACUGACAGAGUCCGCAAGGAAACCACUUAAAUCAUUCCCGAAAUAGGUAGGAACUGAUCUACUCAAUCUAAGAUUUAUCCCUUAUGUCCCCAAAAAAGAAAAAGAGACCUAAAAUCCAAAUCUAGAUUGUCAGUUAAAAAGCAAAUUACGGCCUUAAAUUUACAGUGAAUUCUUGCAGACAAAGGAGGAAAUGAAUUCCCGUGAGACUUGAAACAGAUCUCAAGUUUGGAGAAAUGGUCCGUUGAGCACAGUUCUGAAAAGGUUCUCCGAGUGUUUGACAGGACUCCCCCUAGCUACCCAGCCCUCUCAUCCUCUCGGCUAUCUGAGAUCUCACUGCUAAUCCAAAAGCGGCUGCUGAAGCAACAGGGUAUCAGAAUUUACUUUGGGUCAUCAAGCCCACAGAAAGGAGUUGAACUCUUAAGAGCUAAAUCAAGAAGUAACUUUCAGAAGCCUUUUAAAAUCAGAACUGCUGUUGAGAUUUUUUUUCCCCUGGAGUUCAAUUUAGCAGAAGAGGAAUAACCAGAUGUGACUAGAAUAUAGUAGAAAUUCAGGUUCUUUAUAAAAAUAUGAUCAGCACAAGCAAAUUGAGUAACUGUAGGAUUUCUACCUAAGAACUUAGAGAUGGGAUUCACAGGGUGACAUAAGACGUGUUAAAGACAGAAGUGAAAGUGCUUCUGCCUAGACUUGCCGCCAGAGAAACAGGAUCUGAUUCAUUUCACAGGCUGCAGUGUAGCGCUAGCCCAUUCUUCAGGCAUUGUUUUAUUAAAGUGAAUUCUGCCUGCAAGACCAAAGGCCCGUGCACCAUUCAGUGCGCCGGCCGUUACGGUGCUGUUCUGAGUUUGUGAGUAUUCUGAAUGUGGAUUUUAAACAUCUAGGAUUGAGGCUGCAACUCUGCUGAACUCAGAACAUCCAAAAACAAAAUGUACUGAACGGGCUGCUCUCUAUAUAGACAUAUUUUAGAAAAGAAUUUUGUUUCCAAAGUCUGGUUUAAAUUGAAUUAAUCAUUUAAGAUAGUGUUAGGAACUGUUUAAAUGGGGCCAGCUGUCUUGAAACAUUAUCUGAUUUUUCUUUAAUUUUUUUUUUAUCUUAUCGAUGAUAUUUAUACAAUUUAUUUUGUCUUUAUAGCUCUUUGAUUUAGGUAGCUUUAACUUAUAUAGGAAACAAUCCACUUCUGAUACAUGUUUUCUGAAAAGAUGGCAUGAAUUUUAUAUAUACUAAGUUCUUCAAAUCCACUGUAUGUGGAUUUAAACUCAUUUACUCCUGUUUUCAGAAUUGAAAUAUUUGUUUCAUUUCAAAUUCAAAUAAAAUGUCACACUUUUAUCACUUAUAUUGUUGCCACCCAUGUAGGCAAGUUUUUUCAUUGCCUAUAACUGACUCAGUGGUGUUUUUUGGGGUUUUUUUGGUUUUUGUUUGUCUUUUUUUUUUUUUUUAAAUAAAAUCUGGUAUUUUGAAAGUUAACAACCUUAUAGGAACUUUUCUUUGCUAAAUUUUCCUUGACUUUCAUUUUAUGAAUCAUUUGGAUCCCAAAAAUUUCAAUAGUGUGACUAUUGAAAUUACCUCCACCUAUUUCCAUGAACCAUUCCCAUUGAUUACUACUUGAGUCUCUCCAUUUGGAAUCACGGAUUUAAAAUUUCCCUAGCUUGAGGGGAAGAAUUCACCCAUGAGUUGGAAGCCUUUCAGCUUUCAUUGGCUUCUGGCUUUUGAAGGUCCUUCAAAGAUUUCUGCCUAGCUCGUAGGAGGAGCCAAAUACCACAAAUGUUCUACACCUUCCUUGUUAAUGUUUUGUAACAAGCCUUAAGCUAGCAGUGUCUCUACCAAGAACAAUUGAGUUUUCUUAAAAUAAUAAUGAUUAAAUAUGCAAUUGUAAUAGUAAAAGAGAUAGCUAUCAAAAUCAUCAGUAGGAAUUCAAUUCAUCGAAAUGUCAUCUUAACUGCCGUUAGACCUUUUGGGAUAUGAUGUUUGUCACAAUUCCGAACACCUAUAAUUCUAGGACUUCAUAGUGGAAAGUCGAUUUUUGUAAGGAAACCCAACUGGAUAAAGCAAAGAUGGUGAGAGAAAAGUUGAUUAUUCUGAUCAUUAUGAGAACUAUUUUUCAGGGCUCUGACGUUCCCCCCUUUCUCUUAAUAAGCCAGCACCUGGUUGGAGGCCCCCAGUGUUCCCACAUACCGUGCUUACCUCGCAUCUGCUCUGUAGACCCAGUGCUGAGGCGAAGCAGUGUGACUGUAGCUGGCUGGAGCCUUCUCCAGGUCCUCCGUCUCUAGGGUAGCUGUUGGUGGUUUCCUUGUCCGGAGGCCAAUGGUAGGCAUCCAUGUUUACAUUGUAUCUUCCCGCAGUGUGCUUGGCUUGACAGGAGACUGAGACGCGUUUCUAUUGAGACUUAACUAUAUUUUUAGUUUUCAUAGACACUUAUUUAAUCUUUUUUUAUUGUACAGCAAGGUGCUCUAAGUAAUAUUCUAUAAAAUAUAUUUAAUAGAAAUUUGAGUUUGAUAUUCAUGGACAUGAAUACAUGUAUUUUUUUAAGAAAUGAGUAUUGUGUAACACUAUGGCAUUGCUUCUAUAGCCAAAGCAUAAAGAUUUCUGGAACACUGACAUGUAAAGACUACAGUUAAUUCUGACACUGUAUCUUAUUAAAAUAGGAUGAUUUGCAUUUUGUAAAAUUAUCCUGCACAUCGAGCUGCAUGCCUUAAAGCUGAACCUCUAGGAUUGCGUUCCUGGUAGGACAGUUCAUCUGUUCUGAACAGU